CAGCGCCAACGGGCUGAAAGGGAAAGUGUACUUGAAUAUAAUAACCCGACAAUAAUCAUCUCUCGGAACACACCGUCACCUCUGCACACGGCACCAGCGUUACGUCGGACCUAAGAAUCCACCAAUCAGAGACGUGAUUGGUAUGAUAUUGCGCGGACAUGCCGAAAGUAGCACACCGAUCAUGCCGUGUCAACCAACUAGCGCAUUUCCAUACACUUUUUCCUCCCCCAUUGUCAAGUAUAUAACAUUUUUAUACACAUCUAUUUUUGUUUUUAACCUACCCGUAAUUUCCCCAUUUUUAUCCAUCCCCUUUUAACGACAUUAUCGUCCAAAAGUCACUUGUAAAUCAUGGGACUGUGGUUUUUCUUCGGAGAAGAUUCGCAGCGUAUGAGCACGGAGUAAUCUUUUUUUAUCUACCUCCCGUAGCCGUGAAUGAAAUUGCUAUCGGAUUCGUUACCCGCUACGAGCGAAAACGUGUGCCGUCAUUUUGAUUCGUCGCCCGAGCCUAACCGAGCUAAAGUCAGAUUUUCGCGAGGAUUGUCGUCCACCGGAGCAAAGUUUCCUACCCGACCAUUGGCUUUCACCAUUUUUUUCUUUACCAGAGAAAAGGAGAGUGAGAAAGAGAGAAUCGGAAGACAGCAGAACGUAGAGCGAGUGUUUUAAGCCCCGUACAUUACCCGAAGCUGGAAGGCUAGUCGAGUCGUUACGAGGCGGGCGAGAUCAGGCGAGGAUCAACAUUAAUCCGCGACUAGGUUUUCGUCCCUGUGACGGGACUAACUCGGAGGGAGAGGGAGAGAGUGAGCGAGAGAGGGAAAUAAAAAAAAAAGUCGAUAAGCCUUUCGUAUACAACCCAGCCUAAAGACGAACAAAAAACAUGAACACCAUCCGCGCAUUCGAAAGCUUCGUCGAAGCGAGCAACGCACGGAACACCCAGCCGAGUUCAGCGACGUCGCAUAACGACAUCGGGCAUGAGACCCCCUGUGAUCGAACUCCUCACUGCUCGACGAUAGGACAUCAGAGCACACCAGACAGUGUCGAUAAAAACUGUGCCAACGACGACAACGUCGAUAUCGACGAAGAUGACGAUAGUAAGAAGCGAAGACAGCGUCGACAGCGUACUCAUUUUACCAGCCAACAGUUACAGGAGUUGGAAGCAAAUUUCGCCAGGAAUCGCUACCCUGACAUGUCAACAAGAGAAGAGAUUGCAGCCUGGACUAACCUCACAGAACCUCGAGUUAGGAUUUGGUUCAAGAACCGGCGAGCAAAAUGGAGGAAACGAGAGCGGAAUCAAAUGAAUGAGUUAAAGAACGGUCUUGGUGCGGGUUUCAACGGUCUCAUGCAACCUUUCGACGAUGGUCUUUACUCAGGCUACUCCUACAACAACUGGGCAGCAGCGAAAACAGCCAACCCACUCGGCUCGAAGAGCUUCGCGUGGUCGCUGAACACGGUCAAUCCUUUGUCGAUGACGAGUCAACCGAUGUGCUUCAACCCGCCGACAACUAUAAGCUCGACCUUCUCCGCCGCGACGCCCGUCAACGGCGUCGGACAGCAACUGAACUCUUUAAAUAACGCCGCCGCCGCCGCUGCUGGGGCGCCCGGUUACCCAUACGCCUCGGCGCCGGGUGCACCGGCGUACGUGUACAGAGAGCCUUGCUCAAACAGCAUAGCAUCGCUACGACUGAAGGCUAAGCAGCACUGCGAGAACAUGACUGGAGUCAGUUACCCGGUACCCCAGAGUUCGUCUCUCUCGGCAUGCCAAUACUCCGGUUUGAACGGAACGAUGUAGAUAAAA